AAUCUUCCAAGGCCUAAGGAGGCAAGAGGCCUUCAAGUCGCCUCCUACUCAGCAAAGGGGUUGCUCAGCAGGCCGGGGUUCCUGGUCCACCCCAGGUCCCUGGUUUGCCCACCUCCGAUGGCGGCCUCCGCUGGCAGGGUGGGCGCCUCUGGGGAGCCAGCUCCAUCCCGGCGCCUUUAGAACCUCAUCUCUUCCACGUCCCCGGCCUUCCUCCCCUUCCAGGCUGCUGUCCCUGCCGGGGUCCAGAUAGUGUCCGAGGGCCGGCGGUUCGACGGCGGGCCCGGGGUUCAGCCUCCCGGCCUCCCUCGUCCCCGACUCUCCUUUCUUCGGAGAGGGCGCGGGGGCCGGGGUCAAAGCGCCGCUCUUGGGAUUCUCCUGGACUCGGAGGUGCCCUAGGCGGGCGCAGCUCUGCCCCGCGGGGUGCCAGCCUCGGCGGGCAAGGUCCGUGAGUCACCGCCUGUAACCCAACACCAGGCCUCCCUGCCCCCUCCCCCAGCUCCGGCCACCAGGCCGCGGCGACACCUACAAGAAAAUGAAGGGGCGCCCGGACCCGCGGCGCCCCAGGCCGGAUGGCGAGCAGGUCCCGGCGGCCCCCGGCUCGCGGCGCUCUAGCUUCCCUAGCCCCGGGGCUCGGUCAGCCGCAACCGCCGUCCCGGUGCGAGCAGGAAUCCAGGCCGAGCGGCCGGAGCCACAGCCCCAGGCGGCGGAGGGCCCGCGAUAGCUGCGACUGGCGAGCCCGAGAGCGCCCGGGGAGGGGGCGCCCAGCUUGGAAUUUCCCGGUCCCCUCCGGCCCAGCGAGGACAAAGCCCCCCUGGCCGCCGCCGCAGCCGCCGUGGCCUACGCCGCGCAGCACAAAGGGCGAGUCGCUACACGCUCCCAUCCCCCUCCCAGCUCACGGCGGCCCCGGCCCGGGGUGGCUGCAGGGAGGUGGGGGAAGCCCUAGCUGCACCGCCCCUCGCUCCCCCUCCCCCGGGGCAGCGCGAGCGCCGUCCCCGCCCCCGACCCGUCUGCGCGUCCUCCAGGGGAGGGGUUGGGGGGCGCGGCGCCCCACAUAACACUCCCCCUCCUGCGCUCCGAGCCACCCUCUCCCCUCCUUCCUGCAAACACCACCGCCUCCCCUGCCACCGCCGCCACCUCGCCCGAAGCUCCACAGUUCGCCGCGGCCGGGGGGCGGUGCGCGGACCGUGCGCGCCGCGGGCGCCAGAUGUGCAGUCCCCGCCGCCGCCAGUGACCGAGCCGCAGCCCGAGCGGGAUCGGGCCGCCUCCCUGAUGCUGCGGGGGCGACCUUGAGCGUACCGCGGCUUCCCUUAGUGGGGACCACGACAACCCAGCGCUGUGCCCGGUGUUGCCCUCUGCAGCCCGGCUCGCCCCGCGCUUGGACAUGGAAGGGGCCGCCGCGCCCGUGGCUGGGGACCGCCCCGACUUGGGGCUGGGGGCGCCGGGCUCUCCUCGAGAGGCGGUGGCGGGGGCGACUGCAGCCCCCGCGGCGGCGGCCGCCCCGGAGCCCAGGAAGCCUCACGGGGUGAAGCGGCAUCACCACAAGCACAACUUGAAGCACCGCUACGAGCUGCAGGAGACCCUGGGCAAAGGCACCUACGGCAAAGUCAAAAGGGCCACCGAGAGGUUUUCGGGCCGAGUGGUUGCUAUAAAAUCCAUUCGUAAGGACAAAAUUAAGGAUGAACAAGACAUGGUUCACAUCAGACGAGAGAUUGAGAUCAUGUCAUCUCUCAACCAUCCUCAUAUCAUCAGUAUUUAUGAAGUGUUUGAGAACAAAGAUAAGAUUGUGAUCAUCAUGGAAUAUGCAAGCAAAGGGGAGCUGUACGAUUACAUCAGUGAGCGGCGGCGCCUCAGUGAGAGGGAGACCCGGCACUUCUUCCGGCAGAUCGUCUCCGCCGUGCACUAUUGUCACAAGAACGGUGUGGUCCACCGGGACUUGAAGCUGGAAAAUAUACUGCUCGAUGACAACUGCAAUAUUAAGAUUGCUGACUUUGGGCUUUCCAACCUGUACCAGAAGGAUAAGUUCUUACAAACGUUUUGUGGGAGUCCACUCUAUGCAUCUCCUGAGAUUGUCAAUGGGAGACCUUACCGAGGGCCAGAGGUGGACAGCUGGGCCCUGGGCGUGUUGCUUUACACCCUUGUUUAUGGAACAAUGCCCUUCGAUGGUUUCGAUCACAAAAACCUCAUUCGGCAGAUCAGCAGUGGAGAGUACCGGGAGCCCACGCAGCCCUCAGAUGCUCGAGGACUCAUACGGUGGAUGCUGAUGGUGAACCCCGAUCGCCGGGCCACGAUUGAGGACAUUGCCAACCACUGGUGGGUGAACUGGGGCUAUAAGAGCAGCGUGUGUGACUGCGAUGCCCUCCAUGACUCCGAGUCCCCACUCCUGGCUCGGAUCAUUGACUGGCACCACCGUUCCACAGGGCUGCAGGCUGACACCGAAGCCAAAAUGAAGGGCCUGGUCAAACCCACGACCUCUGAGGUCAUGCUAGAACGGCAGCGGUCGCUGAAGAAAUCCAAGAAAGAGAAUGACUUUGCUCAGUCUGGUCUGGAUGCAGUGCCUGAAAGCCCAUCCAAGUUGAGUUCUAAGAGGCCUAAGGGGAUCCUGAAGAAGCGAAGCAACAGCGAGCAUCGCUCUCACAGCACUGGCUUCAUUGAAGGUGUAGUUGGUCCUGCCUUACCCUCUACUUUCAAGAUGGAGCAGGACUUAUGCAGGACGGGUGUGCUCCUCCCAAGCUCACCAGAGGCAGAGGUGCCGGGAAAACUCAGCCCCAAGCAGUCGGCCACGAUGCCCAAGAAAGGCAUCUUGAAAAAGACCCAGCAGAGAGAAUCAGGUUACUACUCUUCCCCAGAGCGCAGCGAGUCUUCGGAGCUGUUGGACAGUAAUGAUGUGAUGGGCAGCAGCGUCCCCUCCCCCAGCCCCCCAGACCCAGCCAGGGUGACCUCCCACAGCCUCUCCUGCCGGAGGAAGGGCAUCUUGAAACACAGCAGCAAAUACUCAGCGGGCGCCAUGGACCUGGCCCUGGUCAGCCCUGAAAUGCCCGCACUGGAAUCCCUGUCGGAGCCUGGUGUCCCUGCCGAGGGCCUUUCCCGGAGCUACAGCCGUCCUUCCAGUGUCAUCAGCGAUGACAGCGUGCUGUCCAGCGACUCUUUCGACUUGCUGGAUUUGCAGGAGAAUCGCCCCGCCCGUCAGCGCAUCCGCAGCUGCGUCUCUGCAGAAAACUUCCUCCAGAUCCAGGACUUUGAGGGGCUCCAGAACCGGCCCCGGCCCCAGUACCUGAAGCGGUACCGGAACCGGUUGGCAGACAGCAGCUUCUCCCUCCUCGCAGACAUGGAUGAUGUGACUCAGGUCUACAAGCAAGCGCUGGAGAUCUGCAGCAAGCUCAACUAGCACUCCAGGGCGCCGGGGGCAGGUGGGGGUACGAGGGAGGAAGGGGAGCAAGACUUGGGCUCAUAGGCUGGUUACCUCUUUGCUGGCCAUGACAACAGACUGAAAAAGGAUUGGCACUGUCUCACUUGGCCAAGUUUGCAGCCUUGAGCCAACACUUAAAUGGGAGGGGUGGGCUCUUCUGCCAGUUCUGACAACUGUCAGUCAGAAUUUGGGCCCUAUUUGGCAUUUGCUUUAUGGCACCUCCUAGAGGACCAGCUGUCCAGGAGAGGUGGUGUUGACUGGCACUCAGUGGGUAGAGAGGAAGCAUAUGGGGAGGGAGCAUUUCCUUAGAAGUUAUCCAAAUGCUUCUGGAGGAGGGGCAGGAGACACUUGGGCUGUUUGCCUUGGGUGAGCCCGAAGAACUUGCCCCUUUUCUCCUUGCAUUAGCCAGCUAGGUCUGGCUGCAUGGAGCUGGCAAGUAGAUUUCAGCAACUUGAGCUUGAGUUGAUGAUCAAUUAAUAGUGGCUGCCGGUUGUGCUGGUGUGAGUGGCCCACAUCAUGGGGAAGGAGUGCUGUGAUUGACUAGUAAUGGCUACCACGGGAAAGGGAAGGGAAGCGAAGCAGUAGCACUAAUGCUAUGUAGUUGUCAUCUUUGAUCUGGCUAGGCCCUCGGAAUCAGGUUUAGUCAUCCUGUGGGAUCUAUGUUAACUCUUUCAUGCCACUGGUGAGGCAUUUGUUAAUUUGCUACUCAACUUUGAUGAAAGACAGGGCCUUGGUCAGAGAGAGAAUACUCUGAACUUUGCUAAGGACAUAGAGUCAGCCCAUGGUGAUUUAGCUCCUUGCUGUUCACCUCCUCUUUCCUGAUGUCUGCCUUGCUCUACAGCACAACCUCUUGAGUGUGGACAGGGAGAAAGAUGAUGGUGUCAGAGGUAAAAACUAUUGUAUAUGACAGGGCACAAGAUGGUCUGUGAUCUUUGCGCAGAUGAAUGGAAGUUGAUGUGCACCAACAAGAGGCAACUUGUCCCUUUCUUUCUCAAUAUUAACUGGAAUGCUGCCUCUUGGGUUCUCACAUGCAUGGAUGCUUUGAGUUGGACGUGCUACUGUCCAUAGUUUCCAGAGGAUUACCUGGCUCAACCAUUGGCUCUGUUCACCAAUGACAAAUGGUUUCCCCAUCCACUGAGUGUAGCAUCCUCAGAGGUAGACAAGUUUGCUUCUAGGGAGUUAGAUGUAGGUGGGAUAUUGGGAUGAGGAAAGGAAAAUCAGGUAGACGGUGCUUUUUUCACCCAAAUCUAAGUAUUCUAUGUCAUGGUUUUAAACUUUGACAUGAACUCCUGGGCUUUGGGGGAAAAGAAAGUUCCAUUCAUUUAAAUGAAUAAGGUGUUGAAAGAGUGCAGGGGGUUGGGAGGAAGCAUGUAAGAGAGUGAACAUUUCCUUAGAUGUCACCCAGAUGGUUCUGGGGGAGGUAGAAAAGACGUGCAGCAGGACUCUUAUCUUAAAAAGUAAAAAAAAGAAAAAGAAAAAAACAAAGAAAAAAACAUUAGAUAUGUAAUUUCUAAACACCCGGAUCACAAUGACAAGAUGCCACUCCAACCAUGGGACACCUUCAGGAUUCUAGGUUUGGACUUCCUAGUCUCUUUGGGAUGACUUCAGAUUCUGCUGGCCAAGGCAAAUUGAACUCAUUUCAAGAUGGCCACCACUGGUAGCCAUGUAGAUAGACAGGGAGACUGGUCUUGGGAACAUCUUUGGAAAAACCAACAAAAAAUAGUUCGUAGAGAGAGAAGAAAAAAUUCACCUUACUGUGCUAAGAAAGUGCAUUAGAAUGGAGUUGCCCUUUCCUUAAGGAGACAGUUUGGUUUCUCCCCUUGCCACCGGCUCUGGUGUUUUGGCUUGUGCAUUCCUUCAGGUUGAGCUGAGCAGUGUGUUAUGGGAAGCUGCUCAGUUUCCUUUCAUUCAAUUCCACCUCCUUCCUGAACUCUAAUAGAGGUUAAAAGGGAAAAAAAAAAAAAAUUUGAAAAAAAAAAAUUGGGCGGUGUGGGGGGGGGGGGGGGUGGGGGGGGGGGGGGGUGGGGGUGUGGGUGCAUGGAGGGCAACCUGCAACUCUGAGCUCCCUACUUCCUGCCUCAUUUCAUUCUGGCUUUUCUGAAUAGCCUAUGCUGCUGCCCUGCUGGCCCCUUGUGCACGGCAGCUGGCCGUGUCCUUAGCUGUCAGUAUGACUUAGAUCUAGCACCAACCUACUGGUUGAUGUCCUUUUUCCUUUUGCCAAGUGAUUGAGUCUGUUUAGUAUUUUCCAUCAUUCUAGUCUUUAAAUAAAAAUGACACUAUUGAGGAAAGUCAGUCUACUCCCUUCUUCCUCCUCUCAAACACGUGUUCUCUUUCGUCAGGAAACUCAGCCAGUGGACUAUGGCAGAGAAAGUCCUCCACUCAGAGGCAGAGACUCUGAGUUAAGUCAUAGGUGGCCUUAGGCAUCUGCAUUGUUUGUGGUGGUUAAGUUUUCCUUCCAGUGAGGGCUGGAAGGAUGAAUUAGCUGGUCCCUGAAGCCCUGCUUAGCUCUGACACUGCCAACAUCCUCUGAUUCUAGGUGUGAUGUUGACUGUCCUUUCAAGGAAAAACUUGCAAUAGAGGGAAAAGCCGUUAAAGCAGCUCCCUGCUUCAUCAUUAAGUCCUGUCAUCCCUACCAGCCAAUCCCAGUCAAAGAAGUUAUGCUUUAUUCGCUUCCGUGGAAUUACAAGUGAGAGACACUUUUAGGACCUGAUGGACAAAGCAGGAGAUUCGCUGUCAGCUUUCCUGGUCCUCUCCUUGCUUCUGUGGGCCUUGCACCGUCUUAGUUUACACAUCUGCCAAAGGGGUAGAAUUACACUUCUUUUUACAGGUAAAUUUCAAGGCACGAUCAGUUUUCAGGAAGUGCUUCAAGACCCCAGGUGAAAUGAAAAUGCUAAGUACCCUCUGAAUUGCCAUCCCUGUUACCAGGUGCUGCUUCUUCAGAUGAUGGGGAGCACUUUUCAGGGUGAAAUUCAGGCGAGUUUUGCCCAGGCCUGCUGUCUUGAGUACAAAUGUGAAUGAUCGACUGACUGCUUGUUGCCAAACUGGAAAUGUUCUGUAGGGAUUUACUGGCAUGGUAUCAUUCCUAGAAGAAAAAAAGAGAGAAACUUGACUGCACAUUAAAAAAAAAAAAAAAAAAAAAUC